CCUUUGCCCAACGCAACGUGCAGCUUUUUUUAAGCUUCCCGAGGUUUUUAAUUUCAUAAUACAUAAUUCACCUCAUACGACCCAUACUCUUAUCACCGCAUAGCAACGAUAAUCGCACUUUGAAGGCUUGUUCGAUGCCCUCAUGUUGCGCACAUCGUUGCGAUCUGUCAGGGCCGUAGGCAGCAGGCCCGUUGCUGCUGCCUCUGCCCAUCAAUGGCAGCCCGCGAUCGCGAGAUCACCCGCCGUAGUUGCAAGGAGAUGCUAUGCCAAUGACAAGAAGCCUUCGAUAAAUGACCCAACGCCCGUAAAGCUGCCCACGUCCGAGACAACUACUGCUGCUGCAAGCGAUCCUCCCGCACUCAAGACAGAAUCCAAGAUUGCUUCUUCCACAAUCAGCUCUAAAGAAGUCCCUCAUACGCCACCUCCACCUCCACCCGCUCCCAAAAAGAUAGAGAUCAAGGCACCUCCCCCUCCGCCGCCUGCGCCCGUCAGGAAAAAGAAGGGGUUCUUCCGCCGACUACGUAAUUAUCUCCUUACUUUGAUAUUCUUAGGCGCUUUAACCUUCGGCGGUGGUGUAUGGUACUCGCGUAUCAACGACAACUUCCACGACUUCUUUACCGAGUUUGUACCGUUUGGUGAGCAAGCAGUACUUUACUUCGAGGAACUUGAUUACAAGAGGCGAUAUCCAGGAGGCUUGACUAUCGGAGGCCAAAACAACAAGGACACCGGUGCCAAGGUCAAGAUCUCCCCUCAAAGUGGUGCGUCAUGGCGGGUAGCGGACGCCGGCGAGCCCGCGGGCAGACAAUCUAGUGCGAUGCGGGAUAUCGUUGCUAGUAAGAGUGCUGCUGCUGGCCCUGAAAAGAAGGAUCCCCCCGCAGCUGAAAGCAAGAAGUCUAAAGCGAAAUCUUCCCAACCACCAAAGGGUGCCUCGGAACCUGUUGCCGCUGCCACGUCUAAGGUUGUUGAAAAACAGGCUCCAGUCAAGACUGAGCCAAAGAAAGCAGCCUCAGCUUUUAAAGCACCUGAAGUUGAUGAGCCUUCUCGAUUCCCCCCUGCUAGUCCCAUCGACCCCCUAAAGGUCAAUGAUGCCGAUGUUCCCGUGGUACAGGACCUUGUCAAGAUGCUCAACGACAUCAUCACCGUUGUGAAUGCUGAUAAUGCCGAUGAUCGUUUCUCUUCCACUGUUGGCAAGGCUAAGAUGGAACUCAACAAGGUCGGCUCCAAGAUCCGAGAAUUGAAGGCGCAGGUUGAAAAGGAUGCUGCCUCUCAAGUUGCGGCCAAGGUCAAGGAAUUCGAGGGCGCGGCUAACGAGUUAGUCUUCCGUAUCGAGAAGGCGAUGGAGGCACAAGAAAAGCAGUGGAGGGUAGAGUUUGACGAAGAGAUGAGAAAUGUCCAAGCCGCCUAUGAUGCCCGAAUUAAGACGGAGUUGGAGCGAGAAAAGCAGAUCAAUGAGCAGAAAAUCAACAACCUGCUCCUAGAACAAGCUGUCGAUCUAAAGCGACAGUUCUUGCGUGAGGUCAAGGACCGAGUUGAGGAAGAGCGAAACGGCAGACUUGGAAGGCUGGAGCAAUUAAGCUCGGCUAUCAAGGAGCUGGAAAAUCUCACGACGGGGUGGAACGAUGUUGUUGACUUGAACCUUAAGACGCAACAACUUCACGUCGCCGUCGAGGCCGUACGCGCAAGUCUUAGCGAUGCCGAGCACCCGCGACCAUUUGUCCGGGAGCUUAUAGCGCUAAAGGAGAUUGCUCCGGACGAUACGGUGGUCAAUGCAGCUAUUAGAUCGAUCAACCCGUCCGCAUACCAGCGAGGUAUCGCGACACCUGCCCAGCUUAUCGACCGAUUCCGACGUGUUGCGACCGAGGUGCGCAAGGCAAGUUUGCUUCCAGAGGAUGCGGGCGUCGCAUCGCACGCGUCCAGUUGGGUACUAAGCAAGGUGCUCUUCAAGAAGCAGGGUCUAGCGGUCGGCGAUGAUGUCGAAAGCAUCCUCACCCGUACCCAGACCUACCUUGAGGAAGGCGACCUUGACGCUGCGGCUCGUGAGAUGAACGGUCUUCAGGGAUGGGCCAAGACGCUGAGCCGCGACUGGUUGUCCGAGGUUAGGAAGGCGUUGGAGGUGCAGCAGGCGCUGGAGGUUAUUUCUACUGAAGCCCGGCUGCAAAGUUUAAGAGUAGAGUAACCAUUCCCCGGGACAUUAAACAACAUCCCGAGGAAAUAGAGAAAGAUCUUUUUACUUUGUCGCCCGUCCUUGUACAUUUGUGUCCUCUUACCUGCCUAGUACCUACAGACCUACUUGACCCUUGUUCCUAGAAAAAAGUAGACGUGAGAAAGGGGGGAUGGAUGGAGAUGGAGAUGGAAAAAUGGGGAGGGGAAAAGGGGCUGAUACGAUAGGCCUGUGUAUAAGAUAAUAGCACUCGAGAAUAGACGGCCGAUGGGCCUACUUUUAUUUCGAUUUGCUUUUUGUGAUGGGU